UUGCGUUGCAAUAUUACGCCAAAACGCGGAACUUUUUCUUUCCCGCCAACAUAUUCCACCCCCCCCCGGGGGCGGGGAAAAAACCAACAAAACACACCACAGUACCCUUCACUUCGACGAAACCCAUCGGAGUACUCCAUUUUCUUCCACCUGCAAAUCCUUGGCCACCUCUGUUUGCGACGGCUUGAUCUCCAUUUGAAGGCGUCGCUGCGUCCACUCCUCCGUUGUUCUUACUGGCCCAUUUUCGGAGUCCCAUUUUCUCACAUCCUUCUCCCCUUCGUUUGUGUUUCUCCAUUUUCGCCUACCUGCAAAUCCACCCAUCGGUUACCCCGGUUUGCACGCGGCUUUCUCACUUGACUGUCCUCCUGCGGAAGCUAGCCCUACGUUUCCUUCCCCUACAAAAUCACCUCCUUCUUGCCUCCGUUUCGUUUCGGAGUUACUUUUUGGGCAUCAAGUAUUGUCAACCGAGGCUGAUUUUCAGAGAAUAUAUUCCGUACAGCACUCACUACCCCUUUGCAUAGGGUUUUCUGCCUCAUAAACCUUGAGGUCAACCACCCAAAAUUUCAAUCUGUCCACAUUGUUGCCAUGAUGUGCAUGCCAUAAAAACAAGAAACUGCUCACCACCACCUUCAUCACUCCACAACGAUCUACAUGACAACCCCGGUGCUGUAUCAUUUUCUCCAUCUUCUCCUUUGCUCCACACGCAAAUGGACAAAAGUUGGAUGAACUUGACUGAUAGACUUCUAUCGCCUGCAUACGCUGAGGGUGUUAACACUUUCCUCACCCUGGCACGAAACCAUUCCCGGGGAAGUGAUCGCAUUCGGUGUCCAUGCCGUUCAUGUUGUAAUAAUCUCUUCUUGCCUAUAUUUAAUGUGGAGACUCACUUGUUCAUUAAAGGGAUCAAUCCAAAUUAUACCCAAUGGAUAUUUCAUGGGGAGGAGGAGACACGGAGUUUCAAUGAUGACGACGACAAGUAUAUUGAUGACAUGGACCAUAUGUUAGAUGACAUCCAGGCAGGCACAUUCGUUGAUGUUCCCCGAGAUCAUAGCAAUCCAUUGCCAACUGGUGGAUCAAUACCAGAUGCUCCCCCAAGUUCAUCUACCGACCAGCUACUAGAGGAUGCCCGAUGUCCACUUUUUUCUGGUUGUACAGAUGCGACUUCCCCCACGGUGCUUGGAGCAAACCAGGAACAGCCCAAACGUAGACGUGGGCCUGCUAAGUGCACCGAGUUCAAGAAGUUGAGGAAGCAUGGAAAAGUGUUUUUGAAGAUUAAUGACGGCGAAACAGCACCAUGUUGUGAGAACGCAUCAAUGUUCACGACACGUGUAAAGCAAAUAGUACGACAACAUUGUGACAUGAGUUAUACGAGAUGGACAGAUGUGCCGCAAGCACAAAAGGACAAGUUGAUUGACUGUGUUCGGGGUGACUUUGUCUUGGAUUGGGAUCUGGAGAAUCAUAGAUUGACAGUCUUGAAGCAGCUACGUAAGCGGUUCAAUGCAUUCCAUCAUGAAUUACACAAAAAAUAUUUAUCAUACGGAAGUCAUGAAGAAGCAUUGGCUUCUGGGAGUAGCAUGGUCGACCCUGCCAUUUGGGUUAAGUUGUGUGGGAGGUGGGGAAGCGAUGACUUCAAGAAAAUCUCAAGACAAAAUCGGGAGAAUAGAAAGAGGCUAACCAUUAACCACACAGCAGGCCGCAAAUCCUUUGUUAGGAUAUUGGAGGAGAAGCGGGCUACGAAUGCGAAUUUGGUGGAGUUCUAUAAGGAGACUCGCUGGUCAAAGAAGAACGGUAAAUUUGUCACCUCAGCCACUGAAGAUACUUAUAAGGAGAUGGUUGGCAAGCUGGAUGAUCUAGAGCCUGAACAACGCACCGAUGAGGUAGCAGCGAGUGUAUUUAGGGAGGUACUUGGUCAUAGACCGGGAUACGCAAGGGGAUUAGGAGAGAUGGUCAUCCCAGAGUCGACAAGACAACGGGACCGUGAACAAGAAAAAGAGUACCUUGCCUUAAUUGAAAAACACAGGAAAGAUGCCGACAAUUACAAGACGCAAGUUGAUGAAAUGAGGGAUGAAAUGCGAGUACUUCGGGAGAGGCAAAAUGAAACUGAUAAGAUGUUGAAGGCAUUCUUCGACAAUUUUUCGUCUUUCACUGAGUCUCUUCAGGCUCGUGGAGAGACUUAGUGAGCUACCUUCAGAAAUCAUGGGAAGGGCUUUUUUGUGAAUUGGUGGGCACUUUUUGGUAGUGGGAGAUGGUGGGUGGCCAAUAUGUAAAUAUAAGCAUAUAUAUAUAUUUUCACACACAUAUAUAUAUCAUAUAUGAAGAGGAAGGUUAUCUACUUUUGUAUUGUGGGAGACUUUGGGUAGUUGAGGAUUUUUUGGGCUUGACUGUAUGAAAGUUUGGUUAUAUCUUGAUGAGUAGUUCCAAUUAUCUAGACGGUUGUUGGGUAAGGAUCUGACUGGCGUGGGCUUAAAAGAAUUGCAGCAACUUGAACAGCAAUUAAGUGAAGGAUUAUUGUCAUUGAAGGAGAUGAAGGAGCAAUUAUUGAUGGAGCAGCUGGACCGCAAUCUAGAAUGCAGGCUUGGACAUACAUUCUGCUAGCAUAUGAGGGUAUCAGAUGGGAUGCACAAUAGAAGUAGGAGCUCACUGCUACUUGGGAGAAACUUACACCUGGUUCUGUGUUUUUGAGUGUAGAGCAAAGGUCAAAAUUGUGUGAUAAGAUGGAGAGGGAUUUGGAUUAGAAGGGGGCGGCUUUUCUUAAACAUGGUGAAACAUCUCAGUCCUUGUCACUUUCGGAUAUUUUCACUUUGAAGGAUGGGUCUAUAACACCUGUACUUAAACAUCAAAAAGAAAGUCUGAAUUUUCCACGGAAGCCGGCUUGAAAUAUUUGAUCUUAGGUGCAUUUCCCUCUGGAAUCUUACUGUUUGGAUUGGAGUGGAGAGAUGAAAAUAUCAAAUAUCCCAAAACUAGAAGGGCAUUGAUGCAGUCAUGUUGAAGCUGUUCUACCCAUCCCUCAUGCCCAGGUGCAUUUUGUUAUAACUGACUAUAUAUAAUUUUUAAAGAUAGAGCAGCACAAUUGACAAAUUUCAAUGAAUGUGCUCAUUUUCAGAUUUGUGUCGCAUAAUGUGUUCUCAAUAUUUAGUCGUUAAGUUGUAGGUUCUAGGUUCCAAUUGGUCCACCCCAGUGUAUAGCCCAUAAUUACAUUAAUGUGAAUUCCCAAUUGAGUUUGGAUGAAUGAAUGUCUCUAAUUUAUUAAAUUAGAUGAAAAUGGUGCUCAAAGAUUUGAACAUGGGAAUCCUACAUGUUCAUCAGUGCA